UGGGCCGCCUCCCUCCCUCUGGCCAGACUUCCGGAUCGAUCCCCGCCUCCAGCCUUCCUGCCUCAGGAAGCUCCGCGCCUCGGGUCCUUGGAGCGUGGAGACCAGCGGGGCAGCGGGGAACCUGCAGGAGGGCGCGUCACCGCCAGGCGACCCUGUUUGUGACGCGCAGGUCAGGGGCGCACGGCGGGAGCACGGCGGCCUCGCGUCCCCGCCGGCCUGGUCUGUCCCUGCCAGGUCCCAGCGGAGCGGACGAUGGCGGCCCCGCGGCUCCUGACGUCAGCGCUGGGGCGCCGGGUCCCUGCUAGGCUCUUGGGGCCCGCGCUGGCGACCGGUCGCGUGUGUGGCUUCUCCAACAGCGCCCCCAAGCGCGGCAAAGACAUCGUUGACAGCGGGAGGAUCAUGGGGGGCGGCUUCAAGCACUGUGGGCUCCCAGAGAACCUGAUUGGGGCGCUGCUCAAGACCCGCGUGAAGGACUUGACCGUGGUCAGCAGCAGCGUGGGGGUGGGGGACUUCAGGCUGCGCCUUUUGCUGGAGACCAAGCAGGUCAUUCGCAUCACCUGCUCGUACCUGGGGGCGAACACCCGCUGCGAGCACCUGUGCCUGGCGGGCGAGCUGGAGCUGGAGCUCACACCCCAGGGCACCCUGGCCGAGCGCAUCCGCGUUGGGGGCGCCAGCGUGCCUGCCUUCUACACCCCCACGGCCUGUGGAACCCUGGUCCAGGAGGGAGGCGCACCCAUCAGAUACUUACCCAUCUGCCACAUCGCCAUCCUCAGGCAGCCCAGGGAGGUGAGGGAGUUUCGGAGGCAGCACUACCUUCUGGAGCAUGCCAUCACCGCGGAUUGUGCUUUGGUGAAAGGGUGGAAGGCUGACCACGCUGGAAACAUCACCUUCAGGGCCAGCGCCGGGAACUUCAACACGCCCACAUGCAAAGCUACGGGAACCUCAGUGGUGGAGGUUGAAGAAAUUGUGGAUGUGGGCGUUUGCCCAGAAGACAUCCGUGUUCCUAACAUUUAUGCAGAUCGAGUAACAGGGGAAAAAUACAAGAAAAGAAUUGAGCAUUUAACGAUCUGGAAAGAGGAAGAUAAAAUAUGCCAGUCUUCAGAGAACACAAGGACACAGAUCAACAAGCGGGCAGCUCUUGAAUUUGAGGAUGGCAUGUAUGCCACUUUGGGCAUAGGAAUCCCUCUCCUGGCCUCUAGCUACAUCAGCCCCAAUAUAACCAUUCACCUUGACAGUGAAAAUGGAAUUCUGGGCUUGGGUCUGUUCCCAUUGAAAGAUGAGGCGGAUGCAGAUCUGAUCGAUGCGGGCAAACAGUCACCCUUCUUCCCCCGGGGCUGUUUUUUCUCCAGUGACGAAUCAUUUGCCAUGAUUCGGGGUCGCCUCGACCUAACCCUGCUGGGAGCCGUGCAGGUUUCCAAAUAUGGGGACCCAGCCAACUGGGUGAUACCCGGCAAGAAGGUGAAAGGAAUGGGGGGUGCGAUGGACCUGGUGUCCAGUAGCAAGACCAGAGUGGUGGCCACCCUGGAGCACUGCACCAAGGCCAACGAACCCAAAAUCUUGGAGAAAUGCACGAUGCUAUGACUGGAAGCGGUGAGGGACUGAAUCAUCACGGAGAAGGCUGUGUUUGAUGUGCACAAGAAGACAGGACUGACCCUGACUGAGUUCUGGGACAGCCUGACGGCGGAGGAGCACGGGGAGGAGUUCCCGUCGUGGCUCAGUGGAAAUGAAUCUGACUAGCAUCCA